CAGAACAACACCACUCAGUUACUCCUCACAAACCCAGACCCUCACCACUUACAAUGGCCGACCAACCCACCACCUCAAUCUACCAUGACGACCACCUCACCAUCACUCUCUCCACCCAGCCCACAACCCCAGGCCACACCCUCGCACACCUCACCAACACAACCAAAACGCCCCUCUUUUCCCUCCCUAAACCCACCUACAUUCAAACCCUCCUCAAACUCCGAACCAUAUCCACGACCCUCAACAAAUAUCAUCGCCUCACCUCAAUACGCAACACCAUCCUCACAGCCUCAAACCUCCCUUCCACCGACCCUGCAACAUACGACUACACCUUCCACGGCCCCGCAGGCGACACGAACCUCUUCGCCAGAAUAAUCCGGGGCGAAUUACCCCAAUGGCGUAUCUGGGAGGACGAACACCACGUUGCCUUUCUCACGCCAUUCCCCAACACCCCCGGGUUUACGGUGCUGGUGCCGCGGGCCCAUUUGUCGAGUGAUAUCUUUGCGUUGGAGGAGGGUGCGUUUGAGCGGUUGAUGAGGGCGGCGUAUUGUGUGGGAAGGGUGUUGGUGCAGGCCUUUGGAUUGGAAACGUGUGGGAUGGUAUUUGAGGGGUUUGAGAUUGAUUAUGCGCAUGUUAAGCUUAUUCCGGUUCGCGGGGAUGGGGAUGGGGAUAGUGGUGAGAGGGAGGUGUUUCAUGAGACGUAUCCUGGGUAUGUGAGUUCCUUGCCUGGGCCGUCGGUUGAAGAUCGCGGGGAAUUGGUUCGGAUGGCUGGGGAGAUUCGUAGAUUGAUUGCGGAAGAGUAG